AUGUCGUUUCAACGUAAAACCUUUACUAUCGGAGAACCUUCACACAAACCCGCACCACCUCUCCCACAUAAAGCAGCACCACCACCUCCUCCAGCUAAAAAGGCACCUCCUCCAUUACCCAAGCAAAAAGUACCAGAACAAAAACCUCAAGGAGAUUUUGAAAAGCCGGAAAUCGAACAAAAGGAGAUCCCCGUCUUUAAAGCAACGACCUUUAAAAACGAGCCAACUCAAGAAGAAAAUAUAACCGAAAGUGCCCCGCCUUUACCGAAGAAAUCUGCCCCACCACAUCCUUCUAAAAGAGCAGCUCCACCACUCCCAAAACAAAAAGUCGUUGAAAAUACAGUCGACGAACUUUCGGAGCCAAUUGUUUACAAAGAGUUGCCAACUUUUAAGCCCACAAGCUUCAGUAAUGAACCCAAGAAGACCCUAGAAGACGAUGUAGAUGUGAACAAAGUUAAUCAAGAGCCUCUUAUAGAACCAAAGAAGCGAAUGCCCCCACAUGUCCCCAAAGAAACAAUCGAUCAAUUUAACAGUAAAAACACUGAAAUCACCGUGUUGAAGACUCAAGAACAAAAAGCGCCACUUCCUUCACAAUCACUGAAACCAAAAAGCUCAGAAAAAGUCGAGAAACAAAAACCUCAAGACCCUGAACCCAAACCAGGCCAACCAAAGUUCUUCCCAGUUAGUAAAGAGCCAUUCCCUGACGUCUUUUUUAAAGACAUUUCAGAUGACUCAGAAAAUUUAUUGGACACUUCAAAUCACACAAAUUCACCAACGCCGUCAGACUCUUCAGAUGAAGAAAAGCCAAAGAAUCACAAAGGAAAGUCCACUCAAAAAAUCGACACAAAAAACAAGACGGAAAGUGCUCGAGUGGUUGCUGGAGACGCAAAAGAGAUUUAUAAAAAACUUCCCCCAAUGACCGACGAACAGAAAGAAAAAGCGAAAACUCACGCCGCACAAGCCUCCAAAACAGCGUACUCGGGCGCAAAAAAGGCGGUAAAAACAGAAGAGUUUCAAUCUGCGAAAAAACAGACCGCAAGUGCUGCGUCGUCGGCAGUCCACUCAAAACAAUUCAAAGAGUUUUCUGGAGGGCUUUUAAAAGGGACGAAAAGUGCAGUCAAAGGGGAUGCCAGUGCUAAGGACGUAUGGAAGAUGUCGACGGAGAACGUCUCUUCAUUGGACGACAAACAAAAAGCCGAGUUAAAAAGUCGAAGAAACGAAGCGAGUAAGACCGCCGCGUCGUCGUACACCAAAGCGAAAGAGACGGACGAGUGGCGCGAUGCCAAAAGUCAAGCCAAAGUUGUUUCAAAGGAGAUUGGCGAGAGUGAGCAAUUUAAAGUAGCUGAGAAGGAAGGGAAGAAGAAAGCUGCAGUACGGAUGACUGGAAAUGAAGACGCCGAGUUUGAUCCAUCUAUUCAAUUGGAGACUUCAGUGAAGCCCAAAUUGGUCGUCGACGAAAAUGGGAAGAAAACUGUUGCUCUUGGCGUUACUGUGAAGCCAAAACUUCAAAAUGAAGGAGUUGAUGUGAGUGAUGGUAAAAAUGGCAUUCACUUUGAAGAAAAAGUCGACAAAGAUUUAAAAUGUAAAACAGAAAAUGUUAAAGUGGUCAACGAAACAAAAAGUGAAGGAAAUGGAGAGCUGAAAUUCAAAACUAAUGUGAACGAAAAUGACGUCAAAAGAGUAACAAAAGAAGAAGGGUCGGUUAAAGAUCGAAUAAAAAUGUUCCAAUAA